AUGGUAAAGGUUGUACCGAGGCUGUGGUUUUGGUACAAUUCCAUAGCCUGGAUAAGGACAUCACAUUGCAGACUUUUACUGAUCACCAUCUUAGCGAUCAGCUUCGGAGUUCAGGAUGUCUACGGAAUCGCAUGGUCGACGAAGAACUAUGUCAAACUUUCAGACGGGAAUUUGGUUCCAAAGGAAUCAAUCGAACGCUCGUUACUCACCGUACACGACAUAGCCACCGAAAAUUUAGGAAGUUUAUGCGUCUCAAAAUCAUAUCGUCCCCUUGAGAUUCCCAUAAAUCCUGAAAGAUAUGAAAAUGCCAGAGAAAAGGUCGAAUUGGCAGCUCUAAUUCUCCAAGACGUCGGGGUUAAUCGACAUGGAGGCUUGCUGGACGCUCUGGCCAAAGGGCUUCUGUCGGAUGAGCAUGUCACUGGCGCACGAAUGCUUGCUAUGAAUGUUACAAGUGGAAUCCUUGGGACGACAGUGUGGUGGAUGAAAAACGAAAAACCCAACUCGAAUAUUGGCAUCGGUGAGCCGAUAAGAAUCGAAGAGGAAGGACUACAAGUUGGAAAGAAGCCAAGCAUAAAUUAUCCUUGGUUCGAGGACGAAAUCUCAUCUCCAGGACUUCGUUCCCCAAAAUUCGCACCGAGUCCUCCAAAUAUUUCGUUCAAAGGAUGGUGGACGUAUCCGUACUAUUCAUGUACGCAACGGAAGUGGAUUUUAUCGUACAGCAUAGCCGUGCCACCAGCAGGACGACAUAGUCUACGAGGCUUCCUCAGUAUCGACAUAGACAUAACAAGGCUCAAAGUAAAUCAAUGCGACUAUCCGACAUCGGUGACAUCGGAAGCGUAUGAAAUACUUCGAUUUCCUAAAUCCGAUGCUGAAACGGAUACCGCACAUGAAAUCGAAGCAUUUCGUGGAUCACAUAAGUGUCAUCGAACAACAAUGAAGUGCGAUUAUCGAUUGGAUGUUGUGAACUGGGCAACGGCUGCAACAACAAAGGGUCUAACAAACGCUAAUGGCUGGGUACGUGGAGCAUAUAAAUGUUUUUGUAAAAGAGGAUACUAUUCCGGACGACAUCCGAAAGGAUUUAAUGGAACUAUCAUGGAAGUUGCAUACCAGGAAUAUCGAGACAAUAUUAGCACGUACUAUCUGGAUGUGUUUCAAUGCUAUCCAUGUGCACCAGGGUGUGGACAGUGCCUCGGUCCUGAGCCUUGUCUUGCUGAAUACAACUGGCCGUUUAGGAUAUCGUUGCUGAUCAUUUCGGUGUCCUGUGCGGUGUCAACAAUAAUGCUGGCUGGAUAUAUGUUCCGGCAUCGAAAAGUGAAAGUUUUUAAAGUGGCGAGUCCCAUUUUUCUUUUAAUUACGCUCAUUGGCUGUGCUAUUAUGUAUUUAGAGAUGGCUUGCAUUUUUCCUGUACUGGACACGUACUUUUGUAUAGCAACAAAAUGGAGUCGCCAUAUGGGAUUUUGUAUUACGUACACUUCGUUGCUCAUGAAAACUUGGAGAGUAUCACUAACAUAUCGUGUAAAAUCUGCGCAUAAAGUUAAGCUUACGGAUAAACAACUUCUGCAAUGGAUGGUUCCAAUUUUGUUGGUGAUGCUAAUAUAUUUGGGGACGUGGACUAUUUCAGCUACACCAUAUGCGGAAAAUAUUCGUGAUGCAAAUAAUUUGAAAUUCAAGCAGUGCUCAUAUAACUGGUGGGACCACAGUCUGGCUAUUGGAGAAGUUUUUUUUCUUGCCUGGGGGAUCCGAGUUUGUUACAACGUGCGAAAUGCAGAGUCGUUAUAUAAUGAGGCCCGACUGAUAUCCUACGCAAUUUAUAAUAUAGCUACAGUCAAUAUUACAGCAGUUGCCUUCCACUUAUUCAUAUUUCCACAAGCUGGUCCGGACAUUAAGUACUUUCUCGGAUUCGUCCGUACCCAGCUUUCGACAACUGUGACAAUUGCCUUAGUGUUUGGGCCCAAAGUUCUACGUGUUCUACGUGGCCAAGGCGAUCAAUGGGACAAUAAAGCACGUGUCCGUAGCAUAACGGCAUCGUUUUCCCUAAACGGUGUAGGUUUAGUACCCGAAGAUUCCCCCGAUUUAUAUCAGGAGAAUGAGGAGUUGAAGGAGGAGAUCCAGAAAUUAGCCCAUCAGAUUGAAUUCAUGAAAACGGUUCAUAUGCAAAUGAAUAAUAGACAUCUAAAGCCGAAACCUGGAGGGUAUUUCACAAUCACAUCGACAUCUUUUCAGAGUCCUUUUGGUAAGAGCGUGAGCGCCCAAACACAAACUUCCAACAAACCGUCUCAGCCGAAUAGUUGUAUAAGUGACGAUGGACACAGUGGAUCGAAUAGUUUAGGAACCAAUUCCAUUGGAUACCCUGCUACAAGUAUACCAAUACAACAACAAAACAACGGAACAGAAAAAGUCUGACAUGGUCAACGAAGUGGUAAGGAUUGCUCAUUAGUUUCAAAUUUAGGAAUGCAUCUUGCAAUGUCACAAAUUAACUUCACCGAGGCAUCAUCGACAAUAUCAUCACUGGACACAUUGAACAACAAUAAUUUUGAUGAUGACAUCUCAUCGACGACAACAGCAGCCAGUAAAACAUUGGAUGUGAGAUCGCCAAUUAUAGUUUGAAAAGUCAAAUUAGAAAAUGUAAAAAAAAAACCGCGAAAAAUAUAAAAACCGACCAUAAUCAAUUAUACAAGAGAAAGUGUAUCUUUUGGUAAGUCAAUGUAUCAUCAUCAUCAUUAUCCACGAUUAUCAAA